ACGGUCUGCUGUCCAGAGUAACGGUAGCCUGCUCAGAGCCAUCAAUUGUCUGACGUUUGUUUGAGUCCAGCAGUGGUUAGUAACGGGGGUCCGCCCGUUGUUCAGGCUCCUGCUGUGACAGCUAGCCGGCUAGCUGUCUUAAAUGGAGUUUCUGGAUAAAAGAUGAUCGCUUCACUCUCAAGAGGAAGUUUGCUGGACGAGGUUCUCCAUGGAGGAUACAAUGAGCAGCAGCUGGCAGCAUAUGUUUCCUGGGUGAACUCUCAGCUGAAGAGGAAGCCAGGCCUGCAGCCCAUUGCAGACCUCAGACAUGAUCUGCAGGAUGGUGUUGUUCUUGUGCAACUGAUAGAAAUUGUUGCUGGUGAGGUCCUGCAAGGAGUCUACAUUCCCCCGCUGAACAAAGAGGAAAGCAAAAAAAAUGUGGAGGAAGUCUUGCAGUUCAUUUCCUCCAGAAACAUACGAAUGCCGCAUAUAUCUGCAAAAGACAUCAUCGAUGGCAACCUGAAACCUAUAAUGAGGAUCAUUCUGGCCCUGGCAGCCCAUUUCAAACCCUCAGCAAGUCAGAGGGCUGCAUCUGGAAGUGGGCGUAGCUUAACCGGAGGCAGCACAAGCCACAACCCUCUGUCCACAGUUGCAUUGGCUCAAGGUGCCGCUGCUACUUUGGCAUCUGCACGCCUGGAUGCCUCACUGCCAACACGUUUUGCCCGAAUCAACAGUGGAAGGGGCUUGGAUGGAGAAAAGAGCGUUUGUGUUCGUGCUCUGGUCCAGCAGUAUGAAAGAGGAGGCCCAGAAGAGCAGGUUAAUCCUCAUUUCAGCAGCCUCAGCUCCGUGACUCCACUGUCGUCGCCAGGAAGUCAGCAGAGCAGCACCUCGGAUCGACAGCCGCAUGACAGCCUGCAGCAGGAGCAGGAGAGCAGCGUGGAGUCAGCUAAUGAUGUAGCGCAGAUAGCAUUGGAGGAUUCUCUGAGUGAAACCCUGGAGAAGGAGGUGAAAGAAACACGGAAGAUGGUGUCUGCUUUACAGGCUCUGUUGCUGAAUGGUUCUCUCCCUGAGGAUGAACAGGAUGUGUCUCUGACGUUGGAGCCAGUCAAUGCUGAACAACAGCUGGUAGUCACUCGCGGACGUUUGGAUCAGAGCAUGGAAGAGAUCACGGACCUAAAGAGAGAGCUGUUGCUCUGCAAACAGGAGAUCAGAAACCUGCAGGCAGUUAAGGAUGCCCAGCAACAGAGGCUGUGUGCUCAGGAAGCUUCUAUCCUGCAGAUGAAGCAGGAGAUCCUCCGAGCUGGCAUGACAAAAGAUGAACUCAACAACCAGAAUGCGGAGGUGAAGUGGAAGCUGGAGGAAUCCAACAGAAUGUGGGGUGAAUGCAAGAGGGACGUCGGGCAGAAAGACAGAUUACUCCUGCAGCUGAAACACAAACUGGAAGAGAGCCAGAAACUCCAGGCUGAAGCACAGAGAGAGCUGGAGCAUAAAAAUAUGAAGCUGCAGGAGUUGAUGAGUAGAAAUCUGCAAGAGAUCCCAAACAGCGCAGAGAGCAAUGGAUAUUCCUACCCGGGAAACUCAGCUCCUUCUGUGUCAGAUCAGGCGGAGGAGGUCCAGCUGGUCAGAGACACAUUGAGGAGCCUGAGGAACAGCUUCAGGGAUCACGACCCGCAGCACCAUACACUGGACACCCUGGAGCAGGGGAUAGUAUCACUCAUCGACAGACUGCAUGUUUUGCAGACUCACAGGGGAAGAGGAAAAUCUCCAAGACGGAAAAGUCAGCACACAGAUUUGGACCCCUGGGCUUCCUUCCAGAAUUGUCAGUCACACAACGGUUCUCCUUCUUCUACAAAAAUCCUUUACUUUACUGGAAAAUCCCCGACACCCUCUAUGAUCAGUAUACCUAAGAGGCUGGGUGAAGUAACCCUGAAGGAUGUAAAGGCAGCUGUUGAUCGAGAGGGAAACUACAGGUACCACUUCAAGGCUCUGGACCCAGAGUUUGGCACUGUUAAAGAGGAGGUCUUCCUGGAUGGAGCAAUAGUUCCAGGCUGGGAGGGAAAAAUAGUGGCCUGGCUAGAAGAGGACUGUGGUGAGGACAGACCUUUAUAGAUUCAAGUGGAGCAGCUACAAAGUUAUCCCAUCUCUUACAACAAUCCUAGAGACGCAUCAAUCCAUUUAGGUAAAUGCACUAUCUUGUGGCCUGGACUAAUUAGCACAAUACUGCACUGACAGAGACCUUCUGGGUUAUUGAACAGGAAGCAUCAUCUUUGCAGUUUGUGCAAAUAUCCUUCACCAAGGAAUUUCUAAAACUCUGUGCCUUACAAAGGAAAACUGUUUCUGUAAAGUUCUUAAUGCUGUUAUUCUGUAACUGUUGUAGAAAACUAGUCAGGAUUUUUUGGGGGGGCUAAGUUGAUUUAAAACUACUGUAUUUAGGUUUACAUGUAGAAUAGGAAGCGGAAAAAACCCAAAUAUUUUCCAAUUUUAGAAAGUGUUAACCGGAUUCAAUGUUCACCAGUGAGGCCUUUGAAACCUAAUCAAAUAAUAUAUUUUAUAGUUAUUUCAGCAGCUAUAUAAAUCAGACCUGUUUGAAUCAGAGCAUUGUUGUAUGCAGCCUACCUGGUGGGAAAGAAGACUUCUUUUAGUCUUGGAUGCCAUCUGGUGGUAGUAGAAAAUAUAACAGCUGAAAGGACAGUUGCAUAAAGGAAAAGUUCUUAUGUUUUAAACCAAGUGGAUCCUGAAUCCAGAGGUGAGUUUCUGUAUUCGUGUUCAAACUUAAUCAACGUUAUUGGAUCGAAAGAACAGAUGUGUCCAUGUAACAAUGUAGACAAACAGCGUUCUACCUACUCUUGUGUUUUUAUUUUGUUUUAUUUUGGGGGUUUUCCACCAUAUUAAAAACUAAAUCAUAUUUAUGUUUUCUUGGUUUACAGAGAUUUUUUAAGUAACUAUGCCUUUUCUUUAAAGUCCUUUUUAUUGUUAGUUUAUAAUAUAUCAUUUUGAGCUGUUCCAUUAUUUAUGCUGUGCAUUUCUCUGUAUGCAGGUCUGCAUGUAUAAAAUUCUGACUGUUUGUUUACUGACAAGCCAACAGAAACUAGUCAGUGCGGCGAAUAGAUCGUAUUUAAAUGCCAUGACUGCAUGUACAGGAAAAUGUAAAGCUUUCUGUUGAGAUGGUUAUUUUUCAUUUGUCUGAGGAGGUUUUUGCAAAGUAUAAAUAUUGUAUGAUUUUGGAUGAAGCGCCGUUGUUGAAUAUUUUGAAAUAAAUGUUUUUGUA